GAAAAUCUUGAAUAGCUAGCAUAACUUUCGUUGCGCAUAUAGAUAAAUUAUAUAGGAAAAUAAUUUUUGUGAAAUUGUGAUAAUGGAGUUGGACGGAGAAGUUUUAACGUGCUCUUUAAUCACCCGAGUUUUAACUGUAACUGUAAAGUCUUGAAAAAUUCUACUUCUUUCUUUUACAGUGCACUACGCGUUAAUGCUUUUAAAAAGAGCUCUCCUAACAAAAAUUGUUAGCUUUAAGGAAUAUUGGCGGUGCCCCACAAUUAAUUAUAAUUAAUGGCUCACAAGCUAGAGACAUGCCCAGUAACCAAGUAAUCCAAGUUCAUCAAUGAUACUCCAAGCUCCUUCAAUGGUAAUCGUGGAUUCUUACUGGUAAUUGGUGAUGAUUAUUUUGGUUACGUACGGGAAAUGAUGAACUAAUUAUGAUAACAGUGACUUCGUCGUCUUGGCAAAUUACGUUGUUGCUGAAAUCGUCAAUACAUGGAAAUGGUAUGGAAGACCUCAGUGGACUGCGAUACCCUUCAGUAAAGAUGACAAGUUUGCACAUGGUGGUGAAUCAGAAUCUCUCUAGAAAAACAGCACAUCGGCACUGACCCCCCACCCCUCUUUUUUUGACAUGGACACCUCGUCCGCCUGGAACUAGCCAUGUGCUAAUGCUCUCCUUCUUCAGUCUAUAUAUAGUCGAGUGAGAGUGAGCCCUUGGUGCUCUUUUAUGCUGUUUUCAUUAACUUCUUUUUAACGUUUGCCAUACUCUGUUUGCGUUUCUUUUCUUCUUCUACCUGGAGAUCACACGAAUCAUCAUCAUCCAGGACUGAUCAAACAGAAUGAAGCAAGUGAUCGUGUUCAAGGUUCAGAUGGCAUGUGGGAAAAGCAGGGUCAAGGCUCGCACGGUGGUGGCAAAAGCUUGUGGAGUGAACUCUCUGGCAUUACAAGGAGACGACAGAAUCGUGGUCUCUGGAGAUGGGAUUGAUGCAGCCCAUUUGACAUACUGCUUGAGGAAAAAAGUUGGGCAUACUGAUAUUAUCAGCAUUAUGCUCAUGCACCAGUAAACAUGUCAAUGCUACCUACAAAUGGCCAUGUAUAUAUCAUGACCACAUCAUUCAUUAUAGUAUACAUAUUUAGCUUUGAUUAACCUCUAAGUCUAUUCUCUGGGGAAGCUUUAAGAUGUUGAUAGAGAAAAUCAGCAACAGUAAUUAACUUCCUGCAGCCAGUAUUUCCUUUUCUUUUCAACCAUGUAGUACUCUACUUCUAAUCAAUGAAAAGUGUAGCUUUGUUAGCAAAA